AUGGCCGGCCCCAGCCUCGCCUGCUGCCUGCUCGGCCUCCUGGCGCUGACUUCGGCCUGCUACAUCCAGAACUGUCCCCUGGGCGGCAAGAGAGCUGCGCUGGACCGCGACGUGCGCAAGUGCCUCCCCUGCGGCCCCGGGGGCAAGGGCCGCUGCUUCGGGCCCGGCAUCUGCUGCGCCGACGAGCUGGGCUGCUUCGUGGGCACGGCCGAGGCUCUGCGCUGCCAGGAGGAGAACUUCCUGCCGUCGCCCUGCCAGUCGGGCCAGAAGCCGUGCGGGAGCGGGGGCCGCUGCGGGGCCGCCGGCGUCUGCUGCAACGCAGAUGGCUGCCGCGUCGACCCCACCUGUGGUCUCGAGGCCGCCUUCCCCGAGCGCUGA